UCCGGCGCAUAAGAGAAUGGAAGUUUUUAUUAGUGGUGGUAGUGGUUUUGGCGGAAGUGCCGCUGUCGACAGCAGCGGGGGGAAACCCUCUGCUGCUGAGGCCGAUAAAGAAGAUGAGGAUGUACAUCCAUCCGAGUCUUAAAAAUUCUUACACAAUUUAGGCUAUUUUCAUUGUUUAGAUGUAAUAAGAUAUUGUGUAGUUGUUUGCACAUUUUUGUCUUAGGUAGAUAUUAACAAAUUAAAUAUGCUGAAUCUGGCUUGAUGAACUCCUUGCAUAAUGCUCUUAUUUGCGUGUAUAAUGAACCUGUCAUGUAUUUCACGUUCACUUAUAAUGAGUCUAAUUUGUAUUUGAUUCAGGAUAACCUUUGUUUGUAUAUUUUAAAUUAUCAUACUCCUACCACGUGUGACUGUUACCCCAGAAUGGCGCAUGCUAUCCGCUUAAAAAUAACGCUACAUGAAAGUUUCUCCUGUAAUUUAUAAAAAAAGUAUUACAAGCUGUCGUUUUUACGAUAUAUUAACACUAUGUUCAUAACUAUUUAAGCAAACGCUUAUCGCUUUAAAUGCAAGUUAAACUAUACUAAAACAUGUAUUGUGUCACGAGUGGUGGUCUAUGGUAAUUUCCUUCGUCUACAGCGGGUUCCAUCUCACACCUGCCCCAAUCCCCACAUAGAAAUCACUGUCGUUUCAAGCUAGCCAUCACAAAUGGGUUCUCGAACUCGUUAAGCCGCGGUCGGUAAAAACUGCGCUUAACCCAUUUAUGCCAAGUGGACUCUCCCAUCCUUCUAAAUUAAGGGAUGUCUAGUAUAUGUAUUUCUAUAUUUAGAAUAUUUGUUACAGAAUUCCUUUAAGCAAACAGCGCAGACCCUGAUGAGACGCCGCAUCAUGCGGCGUCUCAUCUGGGUCUACGCUGUUUGCCAAGGCCCUUAUUCUAGACGCUAGGCAUAGAUGGGUUAGUGGAUGUGCGUCAAGUUUCAGCCCAUAAUGGAAUUGCAGUCCGCACAGGCUUAUUAGGGACGAAACUUUCCGUUUUUAUGGAACUUUCCGUUUAAAUGACGUCUCUUCUAAACAAAACUGCAGUUCAUGCUGAAAGUGUUGUCCCAAAUAAGCAUGUGCGGGCUGCUCAGGCUUACCUGGGAUGACACUUUCCGCACAUAUAUUAAGCCCAGCUUUCACAGAACGCGGCUCCAUCAGUCUAGACCUUACAUGCUUUAUAGCCACAAACUUAAGCUCCAGGAUUCACUCAUUUUCACAAUGGGAAUGGAGAUAUACAUCAAAGUUCACUCGUUGGUACUUUAUCAAAUGAGUUUAAUAAUUGUGUUAGAUGGAGAGACUUUAUCGAGUUUGUUUUCGCAUUUCGUGGACGAGUUUAAUUUACAAAAGAUGUACGAAUGGACAAAGUGCCCAAUCACAGUAUAUUACUACCAAACAUAUAAUAAUGUCAAAACUCUUAUUUUAUAGACUUCAUUUAAUGGAGAAAUACAACUGUAUAUAUCCACUUCAACUGUGAAUUUGAGUGUCGUUGAAUGUCCGUUGUUGUGAUGCGUUGCAGGACAAUUUGUACACUGCUCGGUACCUAGAACUUGAUCAUGAACAUUUGAAACGGAUAUUGAUUAUCCAAGCAUAAGCAUAUUUUCUUUGCUUUCCUUUUGUAGCGAAUUAGUGUUAAAAGUAUAUACGACAGCCUUGUUUAUGAAGGAUCCGCCUAUAAGUAGUGAUAGUCAACACAACUUUUUGUAUCACAUCUUUACUGCAUUUGAUGUUGCUGAAGCAUUGAGUUUUAUUGUGAUUCUUAUGUACACCUAGUAAUUGUUUUAUUUGUAGGUGUACACUUUACAUUGUCCUCAAAUGGUAAUCUCACAUGCAGUCGGUUAUCAAUGUGUUCCAUAACAAUGUUAAAUAACUGCCAUUUUACACUGUCUAGCAUACUUAAACAUGAUUAUAAAGACAAUCAAUGUUUUAAUACACCGCCUUGAUAAAACAAAGUAAUAGUUGUUUCAAUGGUUGUUAAAAACGCUGCAAUAAACUCAGCGUGUAUUUGUAUCAUGACUCAUUAUUUCAUUGUAUUGUACCAUUACGUGUCCAUGUACCACUGAUUUACUCUCAUCAUACAUUGCGCAUCUGAUGAGUGUUGGGAAGACUAGAAAGUGUAGUAUUUGUUAACUUGACAGGCCAGAUUGGAGGUCUCGGGCAAGUUUGAUUAUGUACAGAGAUGCAUUUAGACCUAGAUCUACUUACGAAAAACCUGAAACACAAAAAUCGGAAUCAGAUCAGGACUCAGUUGAAGCCAAGGUUGCACACGUUGAAGCAAGCGUUGUGGAAUCGGACAUUCGCGGCAUUAGUCCAAACACGGCCGAAGCAGAUUCGGCGGAGGUGUCGGACCAUGAUGUAGUAUCACCAAAAGAUGAACUUAAAUUAGAUGAGGUUGUACCGAUGGAUUCUGAAAUGAACCAAACUGAAGAGACCGAAGAAGUUGUGGAAAACAUAGACGCUAAUAAGGGAAUCAGAAGGAGAUAAUGCUGUAGAACAACCGCAAUCACCUGUAGAACAUCCAGUUGUCGUGAAAAGGGAGGUUGAGAAAAUUGAAAGCCGGUCCAAGGACCAAACCGAUGGUUCACUUACACCAUCUCCAGUUAAACAAAAGAAUUUAAUAAGCGAUGUCCAGGAGGACAUUGACAUUGACUCGGAAAAAGAUCAAGGAACUGGUCAAGAUUAUAUUGACAAUGAAGGCAUAAUUGAUAAAACAUCAGAUGAACCUGAUUCGAAUGCUAGAAAUGAUAUGAUUGCUGAAGAUAACUUAAUUGAGCCUGAAGAACAUUUGACAUUGUCAAGCACCGCUGAUACUGGAGCUCUUGCGAUGGAAGAAGAUGUAGCUCGAGACAAUGAAGAAAACGAUCAGAAUAAUGUCACAGAAGAAGCAAUGGUGACACCAACCUUGGAAGAUAUGAGAGAUGAAGCGAUCACUAAAGUUGCAGAAGAAGAAACGGAAAACAAACCCACAGAAGAAAGUGUAGCUAUAACAGAUUCGUUCGACGAAUUAAAAAGCGUACAAAACGAAAAUGAAGGUGACAUUGAAACACAUUCACUGACUGACAUUGAAAGCAAUACACAAAAUAGUGUUCAAGAGCGUGAGACUACUGUCACAGAGAACACAGAAGAUAAAGUUCUUGAAAGUGUUCCACAGACAGAAAUUGUUGAGGAAAGAAUAACUCAGCUGCCUGCUGAAAUUGAAAUGUCUCCAACGAAAGAACUUCCAGAUUUUGCAUUUGUUGAAGGCAGUGUGGCUGGACCUAUCGAAGACGAAGAAAUGGAAGCUGAUAAAGAAGAGCGUAAGUCUAAUAUUGACGAAGAUGCACUAAGGGAGGAUGAAAACAUGGGAAGUCAAUUAUUACAAUCAUCUGAUGAUCAAACCGUUUGUCAAUCAACGGAGAGUCCUCAAAAUAAUGACAAUCCAAUAUCGACUGAGCCUUUGGAAACCCAAGACCCCGAAAUACAAACUGCAGAAAUCCAAACACACUCUGAAACUCCUCCGCCAACUCCAGAAAUUGAUGAUACUGUCCCACUGCAUGACGAGGAAGAAGAGAAAGGCAUGAGCGAAAGUAGAUCAAACAACGCUAAGGAAACCGACCAUGACAUAGAAACUGAGCAAAAUGUUGUGGCGGAAACAUAUAUUGAAGACGAAUCUAUGGCACAGUCUGCAGCUAUUGAGUCUGAAAUCAAUGAAGGAGGUGAAAACGAAAAGAACGACGAGGAAGUAAUUCCCGAUUCUGAAACACCUGUUGAAUCAGGAGAAAAUGGAUUAACUGCAGAGUUAGCCGCACCUGAUACAGCGCAUGAAGACCAUUCUACAAAAAGUGAGCAGGAACUGGAACAAACUCAAUCUUAUUCAAAGGAGGAAUCAGAAACUGUAUUAGAGCAACAAGAUUCCAACGAAGAGCCACAAUCAUCUGAAGAAGCCGUUAAAGGUUCAGAACAUGAUAUACAAUCACAAGAUACAAUAGCUGAAAAGGAAAUGAGCGAGGAACUGAAAUUAGAUGCAGCUGAAGAUAAUACAAAAUCAGAAACAGAAGAAAUUGAUCAUGAUACUGAAAGGCAUGAAGACAAUGCAGACUCUGAAAAUGUCGACACGAAUUCAAUGCCACAAGAAAUUAUCAUAGAACAGGACUCAACAAUUUCACAAGAUGAUGUUAAGGGCGUUGAAUCUGAAUUAGAGCCAGAAUCAAAACAAAACGGUGAUAUAGAUACAAUUGUGGAAAAGUCGGACACAACAGAAGAAAUUGAACAUGAUACUGAAAGGCAUGAAAACAAUGCAGACUCUGAAAAUGUCGACACGAAUUCAUUGCCACAAGAAAUUAUCAUUGAACAGGACUCAACAAUUUCACAAGAUUAUGUUAAGGGCGUUGAAUCUGAAUUAGAGCCAGAAUCAAAACAAAACGGUGAUAGAGAUACAAUUGUGGAAAAGUCGGACACAACAGAAGAAAUUGAUCAUGAUAUUGAUAGGCAUGAAGACAAUGCAGACUCUGAAAAUGUCGACACGAAUUUAUUGCCACAAGAAAUUAUCAUUGAACAGGACUCAACAAUUUCACAAGAUGAUGUUAAGGGCGUUGAAUCUGAAUUAGAGCCAGAAUCAAAACAAAAAGGUGAUAUAGAUACAAUUGUGGAAAAGUCGGACACAGAUAAUGAUAAAAUUGAAUCAGUUGAUCAAAGUUCAGGUGUAUCUCACGAUACCAUUUUUGCCGAACAGACAACAGAUAAAGAUUUUGACGAAAAUGUAUUAAGUGGUGAUAUUGAAAGUUCAGAAAUCGCACCUGAAAGCCGAAUUUCUUUACCAGACAAGAAUAUUGAUCAAACGGAAGAUUCGCACGAAGAUUUAUGUGAGAAAUCGGACGAAAAUGCGAUAUUUAAUACCGACAUUCAACAAUCUGAAUCCGAAAAUAACGCAAUAGAACCAAUUACGAAAGAAGACGAUAACUCAGUUGUUGAAACAGUGCUCAAAGCUGACAUUGACCAGGACCAAUCAGAGACGCUGAAGGACGGUGAAGUGAACGAAAUGGCAACUGUCAAUGGCAUACACGAUGAACGUCUGGAUAUGGAUCAGAUUGAUACGCCAGAAGACCAGAGAAUAGAGCAGGCGCCUCAGUCUGGAGAUGACUCGCAGGUGAGCAUGAAGAUGAUGCGUGGUGAGGUGUCGGCCAAGACAACGUACCAGCGCACAUCCACGGGACCCAUUGCCAUCAGCGAGGUCAGCCCCGAAGGCAAGUUCAUCAUGCUGGAAAACACCUCGUCUGGACCCAACAGGAAGGACGUGAAUCUCGACGGCUGGAAGCUGAGAAGGACCGUGGACGGCAAGAGGGACUACAUCUACAACUUCAGAAACUUCACACUCAAGGCUGGAAAGAAAGUCAAGAUCCUGGCCCGUGGGCACGCCGCUGAGGCCGGGCUCAAUGACCUGGUGUUCCGGGAGGAGGAAAACUGGGGAGUCGGCUCCCAGGUUACCACAACCCUCAUCAACGACAAGGAUGAGGAGAAGGCCAGCCAUGUCCAGAAGACCAAUUACAAUUAAAUGUCUAAUGGGAGGCUAACAAAGCAUGAUAGGUCAUAGGUGAAAUAAUAUUCAAAUUGACAUUUAACUGAAUCUAAAUAGCUACCAACUGAUGCCAAAGCAAGACGAAAUUUGACACAUUUGCCAACGAGAAGAAUCUUUACAUUUUGGUAAAUGAAACAAACACCGAAUAGUUAAUAUGAAAUCAAUCCUUCUAUUUUCUGAAACGUGAAAAAUGAAAUGAAACAUGAAUAUCUGCGAUAAAUGAAUGUACAAAGCAUGAAAAAUAUAACAGAAAGUGCAACCACCCGCACGGCAAAUGUGCAGAAAACGAGUUCAUCUACAUUAGUGUUUUUUCACAAUGCUGUUAAAUAUUUUUUUCUCAAUUUAGCUGUAUAAAUAUUAUUUAAAUAUUUUAUAGACACAAGUACGUUGACACGAUACCAAUUGCACAGACGUAUAUUUGUCUGAGUUUUACCCCUAGUAUUUAGCCGUGCUGCACACUAUAUAGGAAUGAUGAACCCAGCACCGUUGUGAGAUUAUCAUAUGAGGUUGCCAUCUACCAUAACGUAGUAAUUAAAUAAACAACAGUCUUUAAAGUCUUUAGUAAUGAAAUCUGCAUCUAUUCAUUAUAUCGUGUUUAUCCAAAUGUUUGCUGUGGAUUUGACACAGUCGUUUUAUUCUCCGAUAUUGUUUACAUAUCAUUAGCGUUCGCGACUAGUCGAGACGGUUUUUCAAACGCCGGAAAGUUGGUCACUGGGAGGCAAAUAUUUAAUAACAAUUUGUUUUCGAAUAUUUAUAUUUGAUUUCUUUUUUUUCUGGACGCAUGUAGAAAGAACAUUUAUCAGUUGUUCUACUUAAUAUAAAAUCAUAUAUGAAAUAAUUUAUAUAUAUAUUUAUUAAUGACGGUUGUGAACAGAGAAUCAAACGAAAUAAUAGUGUAUACGGCAUAACUUUAUUCAUUAAUUGAUUUAUGUUUUAAAUCAUGUUUUCAUAAUUCCGUUUUUUAUUUAUUGUUUUUGCUUUGCUUUACAUAUAGUAUAUGUUUUAUAGAAGAAUCUCUUUGCUUAUAUUUAAUAAAUGCGUCCAUGAGAGUGUGAGAAAUCUCCCCAUUUUGGCACACAUAACUGAACAAGACUAAUCAUUCACAUUAACUCCAGGUGCCAUAAUUAUUUCCCUGUUGGAGAUAAUGUGAAUGAUAAUUCCCAAUGUAACGAUCAUACAAUAAAUAUUAAAAUAAGCGACACAAACCUACAUUGUUUUGAUCUAUAUAAGUAAAUACUAAUAUGGGUCACGAUUAAUCCACAUGUGUUCAUGGUCAUUUUAACACCAUGAUGCUUUUUAAGUAAUUAUGUUUCUGUCAGUUUUGCGUGAACAAAAUGGGUUGAAAACGUUCCAUUGGCAAUAUAGGUAAUUUUCAAUUCGCCAUUUGAACACGCAUAGAGUGAUGACCGUUUGAAAGGCAGUUGUCACAAAUGUUAGGACGCUCUAGGCCAUUUGAAACUAUCGCCAUUGCAUAUCGAAUGUUAGGGCCUUGCAAUUGCAAGAUUUAUCAAAGUGAAAAAAACUACGAGUGUGAUAAGUAUACUGCUUGCAAUUAAAUAAAAAACUUUCGUAUUUAUUUGUGAUGUCUGUUCAUAACAUUUCGAGCGGGCUUUUCGAAGAGGUAAACAGCAGAAAUAGGACUAAUUGAUGUGCUGGCAUACUGUAUCGUCUUGCAAUAAGGACUAUAUCUAAUCCGUCUGAAAUUGUUCGUGCCGCACGUAUUGUAUUCUUUCAGUAACUUUUGACUUACAACAAAGUCAUUUCAUAUACGUGUGACAUAAUGUUCUUAAGGUUCGUUAGCUGUACCUUUACCAUUUAAAAGUUUCAAAUUUUUACAGGCAGUUUUCAGUAAGCUUUUAUUGUUCCGUGAAUACAAACUGCGCUUUGUGAUAUUAAUUUUUUCAAUAAAUCAAGUUUAGAUAGGAUUUACUCAAUAAACUUAUGUGAUAAUAGUGUUAGAAUUAUUUAAAUCUUCAAUAUUUUGGCCUGUUAUUUUGUUGUUACCUCUAACUAGAAAAAAUGUUGUGAUUUUUCUAAAGUGAUAUUGUUUUUUAUGCAAUUUGUGUUGCUCUGUUUUCAUCAAUGUAUACACAGAUUUUAAUCCUUGUGAUUAAUUAGUAUUGUUUUAUUGGUGUUGUUUAUCCUUUUGGUCUACGUUGUAUCUAGCAGAUUUUAGAUGCACAUUUAUAUCACUGUAAUUUCUCAAAGUGUUAAAAUGUUAUGCUUGGAACUCCGCGUCCAGGCGUGAGAGAUAAGCAAUGUCAAUACAAUAAUGGACUGCGCUGUUGAAAAAAGGAAACUGUUGACACAAUUUAUUGUUUUGAUAGGUUCCAAAAGUAAAUCACUGAAAACGCAAUGUUAAACACGAGCCAGUUUGUAUUAUCUGUGUUGAUUGUCUGAACCUGCUGUUUGCUUAACAAGUCUAGAAACAGCCACUAGAAUGAGUUUUGUACUACUUUACGCAUUUCAUGAGUAAUAAAGCUUUAAAUGUUA